UAUUUCUAAUCAGUUGUGAGAAAUAUGGCAAACUGUUCUUAUUUUGCACAGUUUACUCCACCUGACCUGGACACAAGUUAUGUGUUGAAUUCGAGUUCUGAUCCUAAUUCUGGAAAUGGGGUUCUUACAGAUAUCACCAACAUAUUUCUUAAUCCUGUGAUUUCAGGAGAUCUUCUUCCACAGGAGUUUUAUGAUGGACGUUUUGACAAUCUGGAAGCCUUGAUGACCCUACCUGAUGUGAUCCUAGACAACAUAUCUGAUGUGCUUGAUGUUAAUACCAGGAUUAUUGUAGCCCUUGGAUUUGGCCUGGCCAUUACUAUCAUAAUACCUAUUAUUGCCCUCAUAUACUUGUGCUGCUGCUGCUGUUCAUCCAGGCCACAGACCUCGAAAAAGGCAAGUGGAGUUACUGCGGCUAUUUAUGGAUUUUUCUUGUUUUGCUGUCUUCUGAUUGCAUCUCUUGGUUGUAUUUGGUUUUUUGUUGGGAACAGUGGAACUCAACAAGGAAUAACAACUUUGCCACAGGUAAUCGAUGAUAUAAGUCACGAUGGAGACUUGUUUUUAAACAACACGAAGGAAGAAAUUUCCUAUUUGAUGGAACAAAACUUUGGAGAAGCCAUGGCUAACUUUAAUCUAUCUCUGGAUGAUGUCAUAAAAAAUUUCAAAACCAAAAUAGCAGACAUCAAAGUUGCAAUAAAUCUUACGUCUAUCAAUACUGCAGCGGAUGGGUUUGCAAAUAUUGCUAAAGGGUUCAAUAAAAUCACAGAGAGUGUUUCAACAGUUCAAGAAUCAACAGAAACUUUAAAAAAAAACAUUGAAACAACUUGUGAAUCAGCUCCUCCGGUAUGCCUCGAAUCAUUUGACGUUAUUCUAAAAUUCUUAACUGAUGUUAUUAAACCUUUAUCUAAAAUUGCUGGUAAUGGCCUUGAUUCAACUGUUAUGGACAACGUUGAUGAUAUAUCAAAUCAAAUAUCUAAAGUUUCAACGUCUUUGGAUGAUCUUCUUCAGGAUUUUGAAAACGAAUACUUCAGUGAUAUCCAGGCUCAAAUAGACGCGGUUAAAAUACAGCUUGAUCAACAGAAGGACGAGAUUAUCAACGGAAUUAGUGAAAUGGGAAACAUUUUUGGGGGCAAGCAAGACCUUCAAGAUACAAUUAGCGAAUAUUUGAAAUAUUUUGAUUAUUUCGUCAUUGCAAUGAAAGCUAUUGGAUCUAUAAUAGUUAUUAUAUUGGCAGUGAUGGUCUUAGCACUUACAGUCAGCUGCUGUGGUAAACCAGGAAAUAAAUUGGGUCAAACUUCAGCAAAAAUCUUCCGAACAUCCAUCGGAGUAUUUUUUAGUCUUGGAUUCUUUUUCUUCCUGAUCACGGUCGUUUUCUUCGCUGUCGGAGCAUUAUCUACAAGGUUUGUGUGUCAAACUAUAAAAGAUCCUGAACACUCCGAUAUUAUCAGGCUGAUUGAUCCAGCAUUUAUCAACGAAAUAAAGAAGAUAUAUGAUGAGUUUACCGAUGAAACGGUAACCUUGAAUACCUCGAUUGUUGAUCUUAUCAAUGGUAUACAAGCUGGAAAACCAGUGUAUUCUCUUCUACAACUCAAGUAUAUCUAUGACAUUGAAGCUCUGGAAAGUAACUGGAAAGAAGAAUUUAAUAUCAACUCAGUAAUAGACAGCGCUAAUUCAAGCAUUGCAACAGCUAUUGAAAAUGUUCUUAAAGAAAAAGAUAAAAUUGAUGAUAUUAAGUCGGCAAUUUUGGAUCCAAUUGACGAUGUAGAUUCUUUAUUAAAUGCUGGACACAUAAAUGAUAUUCUAAAACUUCAGGCACCUGAUUUUCCAGAUAUUUCUGUAAUAGAUAUUGGCAAAAUUAAAACUGCAUAUGAGGAGCUAAAAGGCAAUAUUGAAGGCUUGAAGACAAGUAUUAAUGAAACAUUUGUAAAAUAUGAAAUUUCUGGUGUCUAUACUUUUAAUCUGAAAGGAGAUGCUGAGGAAGUUAUUAAGUUGGUCCUAAACAUCUUUGUUUAUUUUGAAGCUGGUGGAUCUGACACAAUAUUUAAAUUCUUUACUGAUAGCAUUGAUGUUCUUCUGGGUGUGAUCGACGUCUACCUGGGAUUUGCAGUUGAAAAAUUCACUGGGUGCGUAGGUAGUCUGGCGCCUAUAGGAUUGAUUUAUCAUCAAUUGGAAGUCAGUUUGUGUGAUGGAAUUAUUGACCCUUUUAAUACAGUUUGGUCUGGACUAGGCUGGACUUGUCUCCUUAUCCUCAUACCUAUCUCGAUCUUGGUCAAACUACUCAGGAAUAUAUACGAACCGGAUCUAAUUAGGAAAAAUGAGUUUGGGGACAUGAUCGUCAUGAAUGGAAAGGAAAGCCGUAGUUCCCCGGGCCCCGAUGGCUUGAAGCACAAGAAUAUGCCUGAUGUAGGAAAAAAACUGAACAACCUCAUGAACAAGUAUCAAAAAUCCUCCCAACCAACUCAGGAUAAGAUCCCAAAAUCCCAACCAAAUUACAAACCUUCAGCCCCAAAAUCCCAACCAAAUUACCAACCAUCAGCCCCAAGAUCUCAACCAAAUUAUCCACCAGCCCCAAGAUCCCAACUAACCACAUUCCCAAAUAUGUACGAAGAAAACAAUCCAAGACAAGUCCCAAGCUCCCAAACCAAAGGUUGGUUUGAAACCUCUAAACAAAGAGAAGUUCCUCUAAAAUAUCAAGGAGAAGCUAAACCAUUGAAAAGAGAUGGAAAAUAUGUGAUUCCAGACAAAUAUAAAGGACAGGGUGUGUAGAUAAUAGAGAUUUCACC